UCGCUCGCUCGCUCCUUCCCUCUCCCCGCCUCCCCUCCGCGCUCCCCCGCCCUUUCCUCCGCGCCUCGCCUCCUCCGCCCCGCGCCCUGCGGUGCUGCAGCUGCGGGCGGCUCCAGCUGCCCCCAGAUGUGGGCUGGGCGGCGCGCGGGGAACUUUCGCGCCGGCUGCGAGUGCGGGGCCCCGGCUGCGGUCCGGCUGCCAUGGAUCCGCCGGCGGGAGCCGCUCGCUGCCUGCUCUGCCCCGCGCUGCUGCUGCUACUGCCGCCGCUCCUGCUGCCGCCUCUGCCGGCGGACGCCGGGCUCACGGCCGCCGCCGACCCCCCAGGCGGGCCCUUGGGGCACGGAGCGGAGCGCAUCCUGGCGGUGCCGGUGCGCACUGACGCCCAGGGCCGCUUGGUAUCCCACGUGGUGUCCGCGGCGGCGGCCCAGGCUGGGGUACGGGCCCGCAGGGCCGCCCCAGUCCACACCCCGGGCUUUCCUGGAGGCAGUGAGGAGGACCCUGGCGGCCGCCUCUUCUACAAUGUCACGGUCUUUGGCCGAGACCUGCACCUGCGGCUGCGGCCCAACGCCCGCCUCGUGGCGCCUGGGGCCACGGUGGAGUGGCAGGGCGAGUCGGGAGCCACCCGCGUGGAGCCCCUGCUUGGGACCUGCCUCUACGUCGGAGACGUGGCCGGCCUGGCUGAAACCUCCUCCGUGGCGCUCAGCAACUGCGACGGGCUGGCUGGCCUGAUCCGUAUGGACGAGGAGGAGUUCUUCAUUGAGCCCCUGGAGAAAGGGCUGGCGGAGAAGGAGGCCGAGCAGGGCCGCGUGCAUGUGGUGUAUCGCCGGCCGCCCACCUCCAGACCCCCUCCUCUGGGGGGACCACAGGCCCUGGACACAGGGGCCCCCCCAGCCAGCCUGGACAGCCUCAGCCAAGCCCUGGGCAUCCUGGAGGAGCACGUCAACAGCUCCAGGCGGAGGGCACGCAGGCACGCUGCCGACGACGACUACAACAUCGAGGUCCUGCUGGGGGUGGACGACUCUGUGGUCCAGUUCCACGGGAAGGAGCACGUGCAGAAGUACCUGCUCACUCUCAUGAACAUCGUCAAUGAGAUUUAUCAUGACGAGUCCCUGGGGGCCCACAUCAAUGUCGUCCUGGUGCGGAUAAUCCUGCUGAGUUACGGGAAGUCCAUGAGCCUCAUUGAGAUCGGAAACCCCUCUCAGAGUCUGGAGAACGUCUGCCGCUGGGCCUACCUGCAGCAGAAGCCGGACACUGGCCACGAGGAGUACCACGAUCAUGCCAUUUUCCUCACCCGGCAGGACUUUGGGCCCUCGGGCAUGCAAGGCUAUGCUCCUGUCACCGGGAUGUGCCACCCUGUCCGCAGCUGCACCCUGAACCACGAGGAUGGCUUCUCCUCAGCGUUCGUGGUGGCCCAUGAGACUGGCCAUGUGCUGGGCAUGGAGCAUGACGGGCAGGGCAACCGCUGCGGCGACGAGGUGCGGCUGGGCAGCAUCAUGGCACCGCUGGUGCAGGCAGCCUUCCACCGCUUCCACUGGUCCCGCUGCAGCCAGCAGGAGCUGAGCCGCUACCUGCACUCCUAUGACUGCCUGCGAGAUGACCCCUUCGCCCAUGACUGGCCGGCGCUGCCCCAGCUCCCUGGGCUGCACUACUCCAUGAACGAGCAGUGCCGCUUCGACUUCGGCCUGGGCUACAUGAUGUGCACUGCGUUUCGGACCUUCGACCCCUGCAAGCAGCUGUGGUGCAGCCACCCUGAUAACCCCUACUUUUGCAAGACCAAGAAGGGGCCCCCUCUGGACGGGACCAUGUGUGCACCUGGCAAGCACUGCUUUAAAGGACACUGCAUCUGGCUGACACCUGACAUCCUCAAACGAGACGGCAACUGGGGCGCCUGGAGUCCCUUCGGCUCCUGCUCCCGCACCUGCGGCACGGGUGUGAAGUUCAGGACCCGCCAGUGCGACAAUCCACACCCAGCCAAUGGAGGCCGCACCUGUUCAGGCCUUGCCUACGAUUUCCAGCUCUGCAACUCCCAGGACUGCCCUGACGCCCUGGCCGACUUCCGCGAGGAGCAGUGCCGACAGUGGGACCUGUACUUCGAGCACGGUGACGCCCAGCACCACUGGCUUCCCCACGAGCACCGGGAUGCUAAGGAGAGAUGCCACCUCUACUGCGAGUCCAAGGAGACUGGGGAGGUGGUGUCCAUGAAGCGCAUGGUACACGAUGGCACGCGCUGCUCCUACAAGGACGCCUUCAGCCUCUGUGUGCGCGGGGACUGCAGGAAGGUGGGCUGUGACGGGGUGAUCGGCUCCAGCAAACAGGAGGACAAGUGUGGGGUGUGUGGAGGAGACAACUCCCACUGCAAGGUGGUCAAGGGCACUUUCACCCGCGCGCCCAAGAAGCUCGGUUACAUCAAGAUGUUCGAGAUCCCAGCGGGAGCCAGACACCUGCUUAUCCAGGAGGCGGACACCACCAGCCACCACCUGGCCGUCAAGAACUUGGAGACAGGCAAGUUCAUUUUAAAUGAAGAGAAUGACGUGGAUCCCAACUCCAAAUCCUUCAUCGCCAUGGGCGUGGAAUGGGAGUACCGCGACGAGGACGGCCGGGAGACGCUGCAGACCACGGGCCCCCUCCAUGGCACCAUCACCGUCCUGGUCAUCCCGCAGGGAGACGCCCGGAUCUCGCUGACCUACAAAUACAUGAUCCACGAGGACUCGCUCAAUGUGGACGACAACAACGUCCUGGAGGAUGACUCCGUGGGCUAUGAGUGGGCCCUGAAGAAGUGGUCUCCCUGCUCCAAGCCCUGCGGUGGAGGGUCCCAGUUCACCAAGUAUGGCUGCCGCCGGAGGCUGGACCACAAGAUGGUGCACCGAGGCUUCUGUGAUGCCCUCUCAAAGCCCAAGGCCAUCCGCCGGGCUUGCAACCCGCAGGAGUGCUCCCAGCCUGUGUGGGUCACAGGCGAGUGGGAGCCAUGCAGUCAGAGCUGUGGGCGGACGGGCAUGCAGACUCGCUCCGUGCGCUGCAUGCAGCCCCUGCACAACAAUACUACCCGCUCCGUGCACACCAAGCACUGCAAUGAUGCCCGACCUGAGGGCCGCCGGGCCUGCAACCGUGAGCUCUGCCCUGGUCGGUGGCGGGCUGGACCCUGGUCCCAGUGCUCGGUCACCUGUGGCAACGGCACCCAGGAACGGCCUGUGCUCUGCCGAACCUCGGACAACAGCUUCGGGGUCUGCCGGGAGGAGCGGCCUGAGACAGCAAGGAUCUGCAGGCUUGGCCCCUGUCCCCGAAACAUCUCCGACCCCUCCAAGAAGAGCUACGUGGUUCAGUGGCUGUCCCGACCGGACCCCGACUCGCCAGUCCAGAAGCCCUCGUCAAAGAGCCACUGCCAAGGCGACAAGUCAAUGUUCUGUAGGAUGGAAGUCUUGUCUCGCUAUUGCUCCAUCCCAGGCUACAACAAACUGUGCUGCAAGUCCUGUAACCUGCACGACAACCUCACUGAUGUGGAUGGCGGGGCAGAGCCACCCCCUGGGAAGCACAAUGACAUCGAAGAACUCGUGCCCACCCUCCCAGUGCCCACUCUAGUCAUGGAGGUGCAGCCUCCACCCAGCACGCCCCUGGAGGUGCCUCUCAAUACCUCCAGCACCAACGCCACGGAGGACCAUCCAGAAACCAACGCGGUGGACGUGCCCUACAAAAUCCACGGCCUGGAAGACGAAGUCCAGCCACCCAACCUAAUCCCUCGACGACCGAGCCCGUAUGAAAAGACCAGAAACCAAAGGAUCCAAGAGCUCAUUGAUGAGAUGAGGAAGAAAGAGAUGCUCGGAAAGUUAUAAUAAAAUGGAAAGAUAGCAUCAAUAGCAUUUUUUUCCUUGCUUAUAGAGAUAUUCCAUGGGAUGGCAACUCCUGCAUCAUGGAGAUGAAGUCAGAUUCCUGAUUCCAAAAGGUUUUGAGAAAACAAAGAGGGAGAAUGAUGUAAAAAAUACAUAUAUGUGUGUGUGUGUGUGUAUAUAUACAUAUUUGCACAUGAAUAUGUGUGCAUGUGUAUAUAUAUAUACACACACACAUAUAUUUAUGUAUAUGGUUGUGAGAUGUGGCACUUAGUUAGUACAUGUGUUUCCCAGACCUGGAAUAUUCUAAUUCCUGUCCUGGGGUUGGGUGUUGGAUAGAGAAGAAUAUACAGGUUCUACUUCCCCUGCCACUAGUCGAUGAGGGAAGGCAAGAGGGAUAACUCGGAGAGAGAAAACGUUUGUCCCAAAUUUCUGAGCAGUGAUCGGGAAUCUUCCUCUCCUGGUGGUGACCACCCUGAUGGAGACGCAGGACAGUUCCUACCAAUCUCCAGACCCAAGCCCAAGCCCCAUGAGGACUCUUAGGAGGAACGCUGGCUUCCUGAAUCACCGACCAGUCACUAAGAUGAGCCCAGUGAAGUGGAGGCCAUGAACUCCAGCGCCUUCGAGGUGGUGAGGGUGAGUGUAGUGGCCAGCAGGGAACGGUGACCCCGGCUGUGGUCCCCAGCCACACUCUGCUGCAAAGCAGGCCCCUGCUGCCAGACCGUGUGCUUUCUCAGUACAAGUCUAGAUGUCCGUGUGAAAAAUCUCUAUUUUCAAGGUCAAGUCAGAAUAUUUUAAGGGGGUCUGCUAGAGUCUAGAGCCGCCAGGCUGCAGCCUCUGGUCUCCAGGCUUGGCCUGAUGCAGUCCCAAGAAUUAAGGACGAAAAGAAAGCCAUCUGACCCAGCUGGUGCUCUCGUGCUGCCUUUGAGUAGCUCAGCCAAAUGUGAGCUGUGAAGCUGUCUGCUUCUUUCCAGGAAAGUAUCGGGAAUCCUAUAACUGGGACGUGAGGAUUAGAUGUUUCCUACUUGAAGACGUGACAGUGGGGCCGCCCCCAGGCUCUUCCAGCCUCUCUUGUCCUCCCUAACCCUGGCCAGCCUGGCCUCAGGCCGGGGGCCCCCCAGAGAGGUUCUCCCCUUCCCCAAGCGCACUGGAAGCUUGGGAGAGGGGGGCAUGCCCUCUGCUGAAAUGUCCAGUGAGUGGUCAAGGCCCACAACUCUCCCUCUGGGACAGAAGUGCUGCCACCAGGGCGCCCCCACCAGAUGGGGCUGGUGAGCUCAGCGUUGCUCCUGGACACCGGCCUCGCUUUCGGGCUGUGGGCUUGCCCUGUCUAGCCCUGUGGUGCCCCCACCUCCAUCCCUUAGAAGUGCCAGCGCAUCAACUCCUCUGAUGGGAGGCGCGGGGUGGAGGUGGGGAGAGGCUGCUUUAUUUUUUGCUCUUUCCCCAACUUUAACAAGUUCUAUUUUUAGCAGAAUGGUGCUUUGUGAGCAAGAUGUGAAUGAGAGAGAAAGAGGCAAGGGAGGCGGGUAGAGGGGAGGAUGGAUGGUGCUGAUUUUUACCUCUCGCUGCAUUGAUAGUUCGUGAACAUGCAGCUGAAAGUUCCCCCAAAUUACAAGACCCAGGCAUGUCAGCUGCUUAGCUGGGCCUAGCCUGACAUCUAAUCCUUAAGCUUUUCAUGCCCAAGAAAGUUCUAGAGCCUUUGUAUUCUCACCAGUCACAGAUCUUAGAGAACUCUUUUUUUGUUUCAGUCCCCAUUCUGUGGAUGAGAAUCCCGGGGCUCAGGACAAUACCAGGAUGGCUACUUUUUAUUGUCUUGAGGUUCUAAGUACGUUUGUGUGAAUCUGCGCAUGUGUAUGAGUGUGUCUCCGUGUCUGCUCUAAGGGACAGAGUGAGGGUGGAGCCAACAGUGAGGGGACGUCUGGGAUGAUGCUCCACCUUCCAAAUAGGAGAACUAGGCUCCCCCGUCUCCCCAGCGAAGCCUGCCUGCCUCCCCUCUGCCACCAUGUCCCACACUUGCUCAGAUGUGUCAGAUAUGUCCCUGUGUCUCAAAGGAACUUCCUGGCUCCUUAGGACCAAACUGGAGAAAACAUUCCUGAAAACCUCUCCGAGUAUCUCUUCUUUAACAAGGCGUGGUGCGGAGUCCCCAGCCCCAUCUCUCUGUCAUUAGGAAAUGGGUCUACCGCUUUCCCUCAUUGGUUGAACCCAUGGCAGCUGGUGCUACUCACGGGCUGAAGGACUGAACAGUGUUUGCUUGGGUCUCUCCUAGAAUGUAGAGAAAGUUCCAGACUAACCCCAGCCAGGGGGUUAUUCACUUUACCCGCCCCUUCCCAGAUCCCAACAAAGCAGGGCUGGACACUCCCAGGUGAUCUGUCUUCUGCUGCAGGAAGAAAGAUGCCCUCUGGGUCAGUGUGGCUGUGACCCCAUAUGUCAUACUCAGGGCCUUGGGCUGUAGUUCCACAGAGUUCUCCAGAACCAGAUGACCCUCAGAGGUCUCUCUGUCUAAGAAGGCUGUGUUUACCCUCCCUGGGACAUUGCAAAUGUCCACUGAGCUUGAGACAGUUGGAGAGCUGGCUUAGCAAUAGCCCUGGCUCAGGGGCUCCUGCAUCCUGGGGGAGGCAGAGGGCAUCUUUGAGCCAAGGUUUCCUAACAGGUUGAGACUCAGAGGUCCUCUCUGCCCACACCUCUAAUAAGUCAGCUAAGGGGUUCUGAGAGUCACUUCAUGUUUGUGGGGAGACUUGUGCUAGAAUUUAGGGACCUGGCUCUCUGAACUUUUGGAAAACCCAUGGAAUUUCAUGUAUAAGCCUUUCAUUGUACUCUAAGGUUUUGUUUGUUUGUUUGUCUGGAGUAUAUAAAUGGUGCUCAAUAGCAAAGUCUUUCUCAGAUGAAGCAUUAUGACUAUGUACUCCUGUCUGACAGGUAGCCGCCACAUGGAUCAUCACGGUGCUGAAUUCACAUUCACAAUUUUGUAUCUUACUGAUGACAGCAAUCAUUGCAUUUGUUUUUCUGUAUAGGAAAAUUUGGCUCCUUGAUUUUAUAACUUAUUAAAGUUAAAAUGUCUGUGUUUUUGCACA